AUGUCCGACUACACCCUCGCCGUCAUCGGCUGCGGCACGAUGGGCGUCGCCAUCCUCUCGGGCGUGUUCGACUCGCGGCAGGCCGUCGCGGCGCGCGGCGACCUCUCCUCGUCCGUCUCCUCGCUCGCCGACGCCGACGACGCCGCCGAGCUGACGCGCCUGCCGUCGCGCUUCCUCGCCUGCGUGGCGCGGCCCGAGUCCGGGCGCCGCCUGCGCAAGACGUUUGCCGACGCCGAGGGCGUCGAGGUGUUCGUGUCGGACAACCUGCGCGCCGCUCGCGCCGCCGACGUCGUGCUGCUGGCGUGCAAGCCGCACAUGGUCGCCGACGUGCUGGCCGAGCAGGGCCUGCGCGAGGCUCUUGCAGGCAAGCUCGUGUGCAGCAUCUGCGCCGGCCUGCGCAUCGAGCAGAUGCAGGCGUGGCUCGACCCCAGCACCAAGGUCGUGCGCGCCAUGCCCAACACGCCGUCGAAGAUCCGCGAGGGCAUGACGGUCCUCUCGACGCUCAACCCGAAGCUGCCUUCGUACGAGGACGACCGGCGCGUGCUGCUCUCGAUCUUCUCCGCCGUCGGUCGCUGCCGCUUCCUUGACGAGAAGCACUUUGACGCAUGCACAGCGCUGGCCGGCUCAGGCCCGGCGUUCGCAUGUGUCUUCCUCGAGGCCAUGGCCGACGGUGGAGUGAUGAUGGGCCUGCCGCGCAAGGAGGCGCUCGAGCUGGCUGCGCAGUCGAUGCAGGGCGCAGCACGCAUGGUGCUGCAGUCCGGCAUGCACCCGGCCGCGAUCAAGGACAGCGUCACGACUCCCGGCGGCUGCACCAUCGCCGGCCUGCUCAACCUCGAGGACGGCAAGGUGCGCUCCGUCGUGGCGCGCAGCAUCGAGGCGGCCGCCGUGCACGCCGCAGGGCUCGGGCAGAAGAAGUGA